AUGACUUCGAUCCAAACGUAUUCCGCUCUUCUUCACCACGCCGGAUCCGCAACCGGCGCCGGCGCCAGUAACGCGGUGGCUACCCCCGCUAGUAGUAGCGCCGCGAUUCGCGCCGGAAAAUCCGCUCACGACUCGUCGAUUUCGCUGCGUUCCAGCUUCCUUCCUCGUCUCGAUUCCACGCUCACCACCACCACUGCCUCUACCUCAUAUUUGCCACCGUCUUCCCCUUCUCUAAUCGCGGUCCGAUCGGCAUCGGCGAGUGCAGCGGGACCGGCGGCCGCAAUUCCCGGCAGUCAAUCACAGAACGGCGCCGUCAGGGACCGAGUGAUCGCGGUCCCGGAUUUCGAGGCGGAUUUCGCGCCGGAAGUGAACGGGACGUACGGAAAGGGCGGCAGCGCGGAGGACGAUGCGGCCGCCAUACGCGGCGGAUUAAUCGACGGUGGGCUCGUGUACAGGGAGCGGUUCGUCAUCCGGUGCUACGAAGUCGGCGUUAAUCGAAAGGCCUCUAUGGAAACUAUCGCGAAUCUCCUGCAGGAGAUAGGGUGCAACCACGCGCAGAGCGUGGGGUUCUCCAACGACGGAUUCGCCACCACGCCAGCGAUGCUCGCGAAUCGCCUCAUCUGGGUUACCACUCGCAUGCACAUCGAGAUGUAUGAGUACCCCAAAUGGGGUGACGUGGUGGAGAUUGACACGUGGUUCCAAGACGGCACCAUCAUGUCGCGCCGUGAUUGGAUCAUCCGCUUCGGCCACACGGGGGAGGUCAUCGGCCGGGGCACCAGCUCAUGGGCCAUGAUGAAUCGCGACACCAGGCGUCUCUCCAAGGUGCCUGCUGUCGUGCGCGCCGAGCUCACAGUGCACUGCCCCAACCCUGAGAGGUUCUCCAUCCCAAAGAACAGCGUUGCAAAAAUCAACAAACUUGAAGAGCCAGCAGACCACGUUCGACCGUACCUCCGGCCGAGGCGCAGCGAUUUGGACAUGAAUCACCAUGUCAACAACGUGACCUACAUCGCAUGGAUGCUCGAGAGCCUGCCCCAGUCCCUCCUGGGAUCAUACGAGCUGGCUGAGAUCACCAUUGAGUAUCGCCGGGAGUGUGGGCAGGAUGACGUGGUUGAAACCCUCGCCAAGGAGAUCGUUUCACCUGAAGUUUCACCUGAAGUUUCACCUGGGGGGGGUGCAGCUGAGAAGGUGGCAUCUCGUGCAGCUGGCAGCACUGGUGGAAGUGUGAAUGGCGUUGCUGUGCUGGAAGGGGAGAGAGGAAAUGGGAGUCUUGUUGUUGCUGCUGGUGACGCUGAAGGGGUGGUGGAAGCUGGUCAGCAGCAGCGAAUGCAGCAAUUUCUGCACCUGUUGCGAUCGCAGGAGUGCAAGACGGAAAUCAACAAGGGAAGGACGAUUUGGAGGAAAAAGAGCCUAUCAGAUGUCUGA